ACCAAGGUGGGCGGGCUGACGGGGGGCGUGGUGGUGGGCGGCAGCCAGGACAAGUCAGAGCUUUGCGUGGUGCGCUUUGAGAAGGAACUGGCCGGCGUGGGCACCACAGGCUGCGAGGUCACCGUCAUACUGGACACCAAAGGCUCUCAGCUCAACUCUUCACCCACCUGCAUGCCCAACGCCGUGCCGGGAGUGCCGUCGGCCAGCAGCUCCCCGCAGGAGACGGGCAAAGGCUCGCCCUCUCCCUGCUGCAUCCACACCUUGCUCGCCACGCCCCGCUCUCGGACUCGCAAGCGAGGGGGCAGUGGAGGGGAAGCCAUCUCGCCCGACGACGACAGCUCCUGCCCGCAGGGCUCCUCCUCUUGCUCGUCACGCUGUGUGUACUGCCGCGCCGUCUUCAGCUCCUCAGAGAACGGACGGGGCCGCUGCCGGGACGCUCCCGACCCGGCACUACACUGCCUGCGCCAGUGGACGUGUGUGUGGUGCGCAGAGAGCCUGCUCUACCACUGCAUGUCGGACUCCGAGGGCGAGUUCUGGGAGCCAUGCUCGUGCGAGGACUCGAUGGGCCGGCGGCCGCACCCGCUGUGCUGUGCCCGCUGGAUGGCACUGUUGGCACUGUCUCUUUUCGUGCCCUGCAUGUGCUGCUACCUGCCCCUGCACGCAUGCCUGCGCUGUGGGGAGAGAUGUGGCUGCUGCGGAGGAAAGCACAAGGCCGUGCGAUGAGGCCUAACCGGGGGGAGGGCGUGUGGGCGGGGCUUAUUGUGACGGGACGGGAGCACAAAGACGUUGUCGUCAUUCGAGGAACAGCCGUAGAGCCAGAUCUCCUACAUAAAC